GUCAUAUCAGCUUAUGGCACCGGCCGCUGAUAGGCCGGCCGCCCAGCGCGUGGGCGGUGUUCCGCUCCAGUGGGCGGUGUCCUCUGGCCUUAGCGCGCCUACGGGGACAGCGGGUACCGCAGUUGUAUCCAGAGCGGACCGCCGGGACCUGGGCAGUUUACUUAAUACAGGAGGAAUCACCAUCUCAAAGUCUGGAAAGUGAUUUCUUUUGGCUUCAGAUUCGGCACUCAAACUCAUUUGAUGACAACUCCUGACUCCAAGUGACUGGUGCCACCUGUCCAGGGGCUGCGAUGGACCUCGUUCUCAGUGCUGCAGACUACUACUUUUUUACACCGUACUUGUAUCCAGCAACAUGGCCUGAGGAUGACAUCUUCCGACAAACCAUUAGUCUCCUGAUUGUCACAAAUCUCGGUGCUUAUGUCCUUUAUUUUGUCUGUGCAACACUGAGCUAUUAUUUUGUCUAUGAUCAUUCAUUAAUGAAACAUCCACAGUUUUUAAAGAAUCAAGUCUCAAGAGAGAUUAAGUACACUGUCAAGUCUUUGCCGUGGAUCAGUAUCCCUACAGUCUCACUGUUCCUCAUGGAGUUGAGAGGUUACAGCAAACUGUAUGAUGACAUAGGAGACUUUCCAAAUGGUUGGAUUCAACUCAUUGUUAGUGUGUUCUCCUUCCUCUUUUUCACGGACAUGCUGAUCUACUGGAUUCACAGAGGCCUGCACCACAGGCUUGUAUACAAGCGCAUACAUAAGCCUCAUCAUAUUUGGAAGAUUCCCACUCCAUUUGCGAGUCAUGCUUUUCACCCUGUGGAUGGCUUCCUUCAGAGUCUGCCUUACCAUAUAUACCCUUUUGUCUUUCCACUUCACAAGGUGGUUUACUUAGGUUUAUAUGUGUUGGUUAAUAUCUGGACGAUUUCUAUUCACGAUGGUGAUUUUCGUGUUCCCCAGAUCUUAAAGCCAUUUAUUAAUGGGUCGGCUCAUCAUACAGACCACCACAUGUUCUUUGACUAUAACUACGGACAGUACUUCACAUUGUGGGAUAGAAUUGGAGGCUCAUUCAAAAAUCCCUCGUCCUUUGAAGGCAAAGGACCACAUAGUUAUGUGAAGAAGAUGACGGAAGGAAAGUUCAAUGGCUUUGCAGAAAAUGGUUGUGAAAAUGAAAAAUUAAGCAAUGGAGAAUUUACAAAAACCAAAUAAUUUAUUGCCUGAUUAUUCUAAAUAUUUUAAAUAAGGAAACAAUCUGCACACAGCUCAGAUACAAGUAAAUGGUGUCAUUUGAACAUCAGCAUUGUGUGUAGUGUUAAGGAAUGGUCCUAAUGCUAAACUGAGGGAAGACACUGGGAGGACCAAGAUGUUAAUUACAUGGUUAAAAUGUCAGACAUUGGUCCAAGGGGCAGCUUGUGUCUUUUCAGCCAGCAGACUAUUUUAAAUAAGACAGAAAAUAAGCUAUUGAAGGGACUAGGCUAUGUCCUUUUGCCUUAAUCCGCCCUGAAUAUUCAUUAAGAAAAAAAAAUUCUUGUGCUUAAGAAUACUGAGAGUCAACACCAUAACCGAGGAAUACCAAUGUGAAGAUGACCCCUUGUUUCAGAAAUGGUUGAUUCUUCAUGGGUGCCGUGACAUUGAUUACUUGUAGGACUUCAUUCGAAUGAAGCAUCAGUGUGAAACAUCUGGUGUAGAUGUGCCUGUGUCUGUGUUUUACUUACUAGCUGGUGUAAUAAGAUUAUUUUAUCUUCCUAUAUGUAGGUCCCUUAUUCUCUGGGGGUAUUAUCAGAUUUUAAUGAUGAAUAAAUAAAUGGGAUUUUUAAAAAAAUAUUAGCUCUACCAUGAUUUAAUGCAGGUUAUUUAACGGAGGACACUUAUGGUUAUCAUGUAAACCAUUAUUUUAAUAAGAAUACAGAUAUGAAUCUGGAUGUUGCUUGAUAGAACAUAAGGUGUCUAGGUGACACUCCCAGCAUUACUGACUUCUAAUGAAAUUGAUGCACUGCACUUUUGAUAUAUUUCUAAAUUACAAGUCUGACUUUUUUCUAAAUAAAUUAUUGCCAAAUAUUUAGGCCUAUCUGAA